UUUACAUUAUGUUGGGUUAAAGAGCUGUUUUACUUUACGUUUGCGGCGGUCUAUCGCGUCGUUGAGCUUAGUUUAUUCGAUGCGUGUCAAUACUGAGAACGUUUUGACUACGCCUUCGGAACGCGAUUUACGACAUCUGUCAAAGUAAACUAGUGAUCUUAGUAGUUGAAAUUCCAGAUUUUAGUGUAAACUUCUGUAGUGCGGUUUGUGACGAAUGAUAUAAUUUAUGAUGCCAGUGGGUACUUGUAUUCAGUUUUUCAUGUGAUGUUAAACGAACAUUGUUUAUAAUGACAGGAAUUUGUAGUGUUAUUAUGUUUUGUGAAUAAGUGGUUGCUGUGCCUGGUACUCGACUAGGUACACUCGCCUUUGUGGAUUAAAAAUAAGUAGAAUUCGAAACCACCAUGUUUAACUUCAUGAAAAAAUCUACCGUCCUGACGGGCGAUUCAGGUGGUUAUGAAGAAAGAGACGGGGAAAAGGAGAGGAGGAAAAAGGAGAAGAAGGAGAGGAAAGAGAGAGAGAAAAGAGAACGCAUAGCAGCUGGUCUCGAGGAACCACUGAGGCUAGAAGAGGUUCGAAGAUCUCUAAAACUGCGAGGGAGACGCAAAGAAAAAGAAAAGCUGCCCUCGGGUAUCACAGCAGACUAUACCGCUUCACUUUUCGCUCAUCUUGAACAGGAUUCCAAUUAUUCUAACUAUCCACUUAUAUCUACCUCGGGAUCUAAUUCUAAUCUUAGCGAUGAAAAUAACCACUUAUCGCCAGGAUAUCCAUCUCACGGUUGGACUAAGAAAGAGGGUGUAUUACAAUCUGACAGCUCGGAGACAUCUCUCAACUCUUUAAACAAUCCGAACAAUAUAAAUAGUAGUCCUCGCCAAGCACCAAAUCUACCUCCUAUACCACCGCGUCCACCAAAACGUGGAAUCCUUAAAGGUACUCGUUUAAGUAAUACUAGUUCUAAUUCCCAAGAAAGCAAUGUCCAAAGUUCUGAUACUGUCGAUUUUGUCAAUGGUCAAGACCCAAACUUACUUGCUCGUAAUACUCAGCAAAACGAAGUCAUUUCUUAUGGAAUCCCACCUUCAAAGAGUACUUCAUCGAGUGAUGAUAUGCAGCACGUACAAAACUUUACCAAAAAAGUUAUUCAUAGCCCCGUGGAAAAUCAGUACAAAAAUUAUAAAAAUAACACAAAUUCUUCGAUUAAAACACAAGACAUUGACGAGACACCAAAGACGAAUGGUAAUAGUUAUUUGGGCGUGACCUCGACGUCGCCUAGUGCCGAUUCUUUAACAGAUACUACCACUAAUUCUUCAUUCGCUACGCCUCCAUUUUCCACGUCGCCUGUCGGAGAGUCUCAAGGUUUCCAUAGAUGGUCUAGAACUAGCACUUUUGACGACGUAUACUUACCGUUACCUUCCCUAAUGCCUCUUCAUCUUCCGAAGCCCAGAGUCUUAACCAUUCAGCGUCAAAAAGCUCCUAGAAAUGACUUUGGAUUUAGUCUCCGCAGAGCUAUGAUACAAGAAAGAGUUUUCAUUGGUGAUAUGAAGGAAUUGACUGGAUACGAAGAAAAUGGAAUUACAAAUGGUGAUAACAAAUACGUUGGCAAUAAUGUUAUUAUUAGUAAAUUGACACACAAAGCUGUGAUACUAGCUGAGCCCGGCUCGUACCCUGGUGCUAGUGAGACUGGUCUGUUACCAGGAGAUAGACUUAUCGAAGUCAAUGGAGUUAAUGUGGAAGGGAAAAGUAGAGAAGAAGUUAUCGAUCUCAUCAAGAGUAGUCAGGACUAUGUGACUGUUAAGGUGCAACCAAUAGCUGAGCUGUGCGAAUUGUCACGGCGACGUGCCGCGGACGGAGGAGUCGAAGUGGAACUAUCGGAUAGUAACGUUAGAGGGGGGACGCUGAGUCGGUCGGGGAGCAGGCGAUUCACUAAUACCCAGGCAAAGUCUGAGGAGCUACUAGCAUGCGAAAAGGAAUGGCUGCAAGCUGGUCAUAUGUGGUUAGCUCAUCGUGGUGGUUUCACUGCGGUGGUCAGAGAAGGCGACGCGGACGCGGGCAGGGCCAAGGUCCGGGUUCUGCAGACUGGCGAAGUGAUCACCGUUGAUGAGGAUGACCUUGAAAAGGCUAACCCCCCUCAACUGGAGCGAUGUGAAGAUAUCGCCUCAUUGCGCUGUUUAAACGAGUGCGGCGCUCUGCACGUACUGAGGUCGCGUUACGCCGCCGCCUUACCUCACGUCCGCGCUGGUCAUGCUCUCCUGGUACUCGGACCGCCGAGGCGCACCACGCCUGUCUAUACGGAGAAGGUGGCGGCCAUGUUCCGAGGUUGUCGCAUGGAUGACAUGCCGCCGCACGUUUUCGCCGCGGCCCAAUCAGCUCACCGAUCCAUGCUGGCCUCCAGGCGUGAUCGCGCUGUUGUGUUCCUAGGGAGGUCUGGCUCCGGUAAAACCUCGGCUAUGCGACACUGCGUGUGGUACUUGGCGAGUGCGUACCCGGCUCAAGGUUCCAAGCUGACUCCUGAACGUUUGGACGCAGCGUUUGACGUCUUGCACGCUUUUGGAUCGAGUCGGACGGGUUCGAACCCGCACGCGUCUCGCUUCGUGUCGCUGACGUCGCUGGACUUCGACGGCGGCGGCGCGCUGGUGUCGGCGUCGGUGCAGGUGCUGCUGCCCGACCUCAAGCCCGACCAGGCCGCGCUCAGAGCGCUGCACACUCUCUUCCACGGAUGCGAUGGUCGCCUGCGUCGGGAGCUGCUCCUGGACCAGGCCCCCGUGAGCGCCCCCAAUCCUUACGUCAGCUCCAACGAGAAAGCGGACGCGCCGGCCGAGUUCUCGGCUCUGAAGGAGGCCAUGCAGUUCCUGGGUCUCACCGAACAGGAACAGAUGGCCAUUUGGAAGAUUCUGGCGGCCGUCUGCCAUUUGGGAUGGGCUGGAGUCGUGCGAGCGAACGCGGGCUCGGGGCUGAAGUACCAGUUCGCGAGCACCGGCGCCGCCGGCCGCGCCGCGCGCCUGCUGGCCGUCGACAGGGACGAGCUGGCGCGCGCCGGCCUGGGCGCCGCGCCCGCCGCGCCCGACGCGCCGCCCGCCGCGCUCAGAACUCCGUCGCCGUCGAACGAGAAGGAGGCGCCGGGGUCGGACGCGCUGGACGCCUUCGUCGCGGGGCUGUACGGCGAGGCGUUCAACGUCGUGUGCGGGCUCGUGAACAGGUCGCUGGCGACGAGCGCGCGCGUGGCGGCGUCGCUGCUGCUGCUGGACUCCCCGGGCGCCGACAACCCGAUGUGCGCCGGCCAGCAGAGCGGCGCCCCGCUGUCCAAGCUGCUGUCCAACUAUCUGCAGGAGCGCCUCCAAGCCGUGUUCCACGAAGCCAUGCUGGUGGCUCCCCGGGAGCGAUACGCUCAGGAGGGCAUCACGCUCGACGACGGUUCCGAAGAAGACUGGCUAUCAGAGACAGUCAAUCCGGGACCAAUGGUGGACCUACUAGACAGGUCGCCGCAGAAUACGAUCGUGCGCAGUUCGCAAGCCGACUUACGUGAUUGCGAUCGCCGAGGUCUCUUGUGGCUCCUGGACGAGGAGUCCAUGUACCCCGGCUCGUCGGACGACACGUUCCUGGAGCGCGUGAUGGCGCACUACGGCGCUCCGCACCAAACGCACUACCUCAUCAAGAAAGCUCCGCACAACCGACAGUUUAUUCUCCAACAUUUACAGGGAACGAAUCCUGUACUAUACGAUGUCACCGGGUGGGUGAAGGCGAGUCGGGAAAAUCCCGUUAUAAAGAAAGCUCACACGCUCCUCCAGGAAAGUCAGAACGAGGAGCUGUGCCGCGCGUGCGCGUGGGCGCGCGGCGGCGCGGGCGCGGCGGAGGGCGCCACGCUGCGCCGCGCCUCCUCCAUCCGCCGCACGCUCACCUCGGGCGAGAUCUCACCAUUCUGUCGGCAGUCAAUUAUCCGGCGGUCCCUCAACUCCGGCACGGCGGGCAUGAAGCGGCGCUCGACGGCGCUGCAGGCCAAGUUCGUGGCGGACGGGCUGGUGGACUCGCUGCGGCGCUGCGGCGCGGGCGGCGUGCAGUUCGUGUGCUGCGUGCUGGCCGCGCCGCCCGACGCCGACGACGUCAACGUGCCGCUGCUGCGCUCGCAGUUCCGUGGGUUCCAGUUGCUCGACUCGGCGAGAUUGUAUAAACAAGGAUUCCCCGAACAUAUGCCUCUUUCGGAAUUCGCUAGAAGAUAUCGCUUGUUGGCGACAUCGGAAAGUGAAAACGCGGACACCCAACAAACAGCGGCUCUGUCGGACCGCCAGGUCGUGGACGACAUGCUCCUCGCGCUGGACUUGGACGUCACGAGCUACCGGCUCGGCCUGACUCAAAUCAUGUUUCGAGGCGGGGUGGUGGGCGAGCUGGAUGCGCGUCGGGACGCCGCGCUUGCUCGCGUGCUCGUGCGUCUCCAAGCGAGAGCGCGUGGUCUCCUCGCCCGUCGGCGCGCGCAAAGGUUGCGCACACAACAUACAGCUGCCAGAUGCGUGCAACGCAACGUGCGUGCGUUCCUCGCGGUGCGUGAUUGGCCGUGGUGGCGUCUGCUCGUUCGUGUCACGCCGCUUCUCGCCGUGCAUCGCACUGAGCACCGUCUUAAGCAAGCACAGGAGGAGUUGGAGACGCUGCGGGCUAAACUAGAGAAAGUUGAAAGCGAACGAACGCAUUACAAAAACGAGACGGAAAAAUUCGAAAAUAAGCUAUCAGAAGUCGGUGGUGAAUUAGGGGAGGAAAGGGCAGCAGCGGCUUUGGCCACGGAGAGGGCGGACGCUGAAGCUGCAGAGAGACUGCGCGUCGAGAGGGACAAUAGAGAACUGCUGGCGAACAAUCAGAGACUCCAACAGGCAUCAGAGCGCUUGGAGUUGGAGCUCUUGCACUGGCGUUCCGCUGAGAACGGUGGUGCAGAACCUUCAGACUCUGAAGGAUCAGAGGCCGAAGUGGGGGGCAACAGCGAUAAGUACAAGAGGCGGUUUGAACGAGCGCACCGCGAACUGCAACUGUUGCGCGCGCAGCUACGUCGACAACACGAGGAUGACCUUGAACAACUGGUCACCGUCAAGAAGCAGCUUGAGAAGAAGGUUCAAGAUGCGUACGAGGAAGUGGAGGAACAGCGUGCGGUCGCUGCGCAGUGGAAACGGAAACUGCAGAAACUCACAAACGACAUGGCAGAUCUACGCUCGCUCCUCGACGAACAGACAUGCCGUAACAAUCUAUUAGAGAAGCGACAACGUAAGUUCGACGCGGAGCUGCACAGUGCGCAGGAAGAGCUGAAGAGGGAACGCACAGCCAAGGAAAGGCUCUCGCGCGAGCGGGACCAGGCGCACGCUGAGAAAUAUGCGCUGGAGCAGAGCCUCUCUGAAGCUCGCAUGGAGCUCGAGCUGAAGGAGGAGCGGCUGUCGGCGGCGGCGCGCGAACUGGAGGAGCGCGGCGGCGGCGGCGACGAGCUGGCCGCGCUGCGCCGCGCGCGCGCCGAGCUGGAGCGCCGUCUGCGCGACCAGGAGGAGGAGCUGGACGAGCUGGCCGGCCAGAUACAGCUGCUGGAGAGUUCGAAGCUCCGGCUCGAGAUGCUGCUCGAGCAGCAGCGUAAGGAGGCGCGUCUGGAGGCGGCCGCUCGCGAUGACGAGAUGGAGGAGACGCGCGCAAACGCCUCCAAGAAACUCAAAAUGCUGGAGAGUCAGCUGGAGAGCGAGCACGCUGAGCGCAGUCUGCUGCUGCGCGAGAGACACGAGCUGGAGCGAAGACUCGCCUCGCUAGAGGAGACCGCGCGAGCAGAGAACAUGGAGCAGGCGCAGCUCGUGCAGCGACUUAAGAGAGAUCUCAAGAGAUACCGCGCCCUGCUGCGCGACGCGCAAACGAUGCUCGAGCAGAAGGAAAAGGAGGGCGGCGGCAAAGCGCAGAUCCGCCAGCUCAAGAACCAGGUGGAGGACCUCGAGCUGGCCCUCCGCGCCGCCAACAAGGCGCGUACCACGGCAGAGGCCGAGGCCGCCGAGGCCGUGGCGGCGCUGGACGAGGCCUCGCGCGCCAAGACCGAGGCCGCCGAGCGCGCGCACGGCGCCGCGCGGGACGCCGCCGCCGCGCGCGCCGCGCUCGACGACGCCGAGGAGGAGGCCGCCGAGCUACUGAAGAAGUACCGCGCGAGCACCAGCUCGCUCUGCGCGGCGCAGGCGGAGGCGCGCGAGGCGGACAGUCGCGCAGAGGCCGCGGCGGAGGAGGCCCGGCAGGCUCGCGAGCGCCUCGCCGAGAUCAGCGCCCGCCUCGCGCACGCAGAGGCCGGGCACUCGCACGAGCACCACGAAGCCGAGCGCCGUCUCGAGCUACGCAAUAAGGAAUUAGAGUCCAGUCUCGAGCUGGAGGCGACCUCCCGCGCCAGGCUGGAGGGCCAGCUGGCGCGCCUGCGGGACGCGCACGAGCAGCUCGCCGGCGAGCUCGCCACCGCCCGCGCCAAGGAGCACCACGCCGCCGAGGAGAUGCGCAAGCUCGCCAGGCAACUCAGGGAGCUGAAGGAGGAGAACUCGGCGCUGAACGCGAAGCUGAGCGAGGCGAGCCGCGCGCGCAGCACGGCCGAGGCCGGCGCCGCCGCCGCCGCCGCCGACGCCGCCGCCGCGCGGGACGAGGCGCGCCUCGCAGCGCGCCGCGCCGCCGCGCUGCAGGAGGCCAUCGCCGGGGACCUGUCCAGCCCCGCCGACUCGCGCGACACCGACAGUGAAAACGACAGCUACAGCUCGGACGAAUCCAUCGGGACGUUCCUGGCGAACCACAAGCUGAGUCCGUCGGCGCCGUCGCGCGGCAGCAUGCAGCAGGACUCCCAGAAAUCUCACAGCCCCGAGGGCCGGCAGAGCCGCACGAGCGUCGGCUCCACCUCGAAGCCGCUGAGCCCGACCAAGGAGUCGUUCGCAUAACAGCCGGCCGCGGCGGGCGGGCUGCUCGCUAGCGCUCUGCCGCUGCUCUGCACGGCGCUCUGCUCUCGACCGCGCACGCACUCCACGCAUCUCGUCAUCGAGUGACCGAGCGGGUCCGUGUGACGUCACGCAGAGUGACGAGUGUCGUGCUAUAUUGACUAAUACGUGUAUAGUGUAUGUUGUGACUGACUAAUUUUAAAAUGCUGUUCGAGAAUGUUAAUUCUGUAUUUAAUCUCCAUGUCUACAGUUGAUCAAAGUUGAUUAACAACUCGCAGAGAUCCGACGUCCCGCUUCCAAACUAAGUGAUACUAAAUUCACUGAUGUGCCAACCCUACGUGAUACACUUCACAAUCAUGUAAUAACGAUCAGUAACAACCAAUGAAUUCCAAAAUAAAUGUAUUCGCCACACGAUAUUAAACAAUAUGUAUAGAAGAAAAUUUAAUCUCAAGUAGGAUGCUUUAAACUAUUUAAAAAAAAAAACACUUUUAUACACUUUUUAACACAACAUAAUCAAGUAUAAACAUACAUAAAUAAAUAUGUAAUUUUUGUCACAAUUCUUAAAUAUGUACCGGCGAUAUUAUACUGCUCAAUAUUACAAUAUCAAUAUCUACGAGGCUAAAUAGAAUACCAUUAAGGUGACACGGGCUUAUAAUAUUUCGAUAAAUGUAUUUUACAUGUUCGCUUAAACGGUAAUUCCCCGAUUAUAACUCGGCCACGGCUUAUAACGAGCUAAUUUAGUGAAUCAUAAAUGCAUUCCAGAUUAUAAUUUCUCAUUCGAUUCAUACGAUCUGUUCUCAUACAACUAUGCACAUUACAUGGCUUGACGUAAGUUAUUUAUAUUAGAAUUUCGUAGGAAAUAAUAAAUCGAUUUUUAGGUAUAAUUGCGCUGUGUUUUUCAACCAGCCAGUCAGUAUUUAGAUUAUAUAGAUGGAACAGUUUAAUGUUAAGUUGAUUGUUAUUUAGUUAAUUAAUAAUUGUAAAUAACUAGAUUGCAAAUACAUUUUUUAUUAUUUAAUUUGUAAUAUUCGUGUGAUCAGACUGUUAUUAUAUGAUUUAUUUGUUACAAAUGAUUUGUUGCUUUAUAGUAGACGAACAAACAUAUCUGUUAAAUAAUAGAUUUUUUAUAAUUCCCACAUUGACUGGUUUGUUCUUAAUAUCGUAAAGAAUUAGCGUGCAUAGACAAUUUUCACUUUUUUAUUGACAUCGACAAUGGUAUAAAUUAGAGUGCCGGUGAAGUGAGUUGAAUUUAAUAAUUAUAUAGCAAUAAUUUAUUAACCAAAAACACUAACUUUUUUUGUGUAUAUUUGUAAUUGUUAGUAAAAAAGUGAUCUUGUAUUAGUCUGCUUGUAGUGUACCAUUCUAUUAACAAUGUAUUUACUUCUAAAUCAUUCUAUGUAUACCAUUUAGAUAUGUGUCUGUAACCGCAAGUAUAUUAUCUAUAAUGUAUGAGUAAUGUAUAUUAUAUGCGAUGAAAUGUUACUGCGUUCAUAUUGGUUGUAAAAUGAAAUAUUUAAUAAAGUAACUUACAAUCUUU